AUGGAUGGUAAGAGCUACUUGGAGGACGGUUUGAUUUGCAGGAUCAAGGCGUGGUUCAAAAUUGCUGAACAAGCUAAGCAGAAUUCUGAUUUGUGCUCUCCCCCAUCGAACACUCAUCGGAUGGAUCUUCAAGUCGGCUGGAAACCACCAAGAGAAGGUUGGGUUCAAGUUCAGACUGAUGGCUCGGUUUUGGGGGAUUCUCUUGCUGCUGCAGCAGGUGGUCUUAUAAGAGACAGAUUUGGUAGAUGCUUAGAUGCCUUCUCAUGCAACCUUGGUGUCUGCUCUAUCACAAGUGCAGAGCUCAAGGGCGCGACUGUUGGGCUCGAAAGAGCUUGGCAGCUCGGAUUCAGAGCUGUAGAGUUAAAUCUUGACUCUCAAACAUCCAUUAAUAUCAUCAAGAAUUGGCACGAUGAUGAUCACCAGCACGGUUUGUUUGCCAGCAAGAUUGGGCAGCUACUCACUCGUGACUGGCAGGUGGAAGUGAAGCAUGUUUUUAGAGAGUGUAACUACUCUGCUGAUUUUUUGGCUUCUAAGGGUCACUGUCUUCCUUUUGGCACCCAUUAUUUCGAUGUGUGCGACCCUCACCUGUACCACUGGUUAUUGUAUGACGUUAUGGGUAGUACCAUGACCCGUUCUAUUAAUAUGAUGAUCUAG